GCGACCCAUUUCCCAAUUUCACUGGGUCACUUGGUUACAGCUAAGAACUAGAAGGCAGAGUAGGGUCGGUCCAGCUCCAGAGUCGGACUGAAAAGUAACAGUUCCUCCCGUGGAUCAUGAGGGACCGAGUCAUGAAACAAGUGGUUUUAACUCUAGUCUUGCUGUUCGUAGGUGAAAUUUUCGCCUCACAGCCUCUUCCAACAGAUGACAGCAAACACGACGACGAGGAUGAUCCCCUCCUGCACACUCUUCACAAUGUCCUCAUCUCGAAAAUGUCCGAGGCGAGGAGCACAGUUCUGCAUGGAAGCCCUUCAGGACAAGUUCUGGUCAUGGAUCCCUUUAAAAUGGAGCCUCUCUCUCUUACAGUCCAAGAGCCCAAGGGAUUUGUCAACGUAUCUUUGCGAAAGAUGUCCAUAGAAGGAUUGGGCAACUUCCAACUUCGGGACAUCGUGACCAACCUGGAUAUCUUGCGUACAUCAGUGUUACUCAGGUUUCCAGAGGUUAGAGUGAAAGCCACCUACAAACUGAAGGGUUUUCUCAACCCACCCUUUUCCCAGUCCCUCUCAGAUGAGGGACUUUUCGAGGCCAAGAUUCCCGAUGCCAUGGCUACGUGGAUUGGGAAGAUAGACCUCAAAGACCCGCCAAAUGCAGGGGCUUCCAUCUUGUCCCUCAGCCAGGCUGCUUUCCGGACCUACUGGGAGAGUGCUAGCCACGCCUUUACCAGUUUCUUGAAAAAGAACCGUGAUGCCUUGGACAGUGCAGGGGAGCUCCUGCAAGCCGUCAGUGCUGCAGUGGUCGAAAAAGUACAAAGAUUAGCAGAGGAAGGUUUGGAACAAGCAAUCGCCCACGUUAUGGGCCGCUCCAAACAAACAUCCUGGUUUGAGAUGUACCCACCCAGGCCCACUCUCGCAACUACUACAGUCAUCGAUCCUGACUUUGCACUAUUGGAAGAAGACACGUCCCCUUUCGUGCCUGUGAGUGAGGAGCCCAGACACCACGAGGAAGAACCACUCUCCGAGGGUAGGAGUCGGCGUCGCAAGAGGCAAGUUCCUUGUGAAAAUGGCGAAGGACUCGAUGAGUACGUCGACACCCUCCUCAGAUUUGGAAGGCGUCUCAUCCGAUUUCAGGAACCUAUCCCAUUCCCUAACACGACAGUCAAAAUCGAUGACAUGUUAACCAUCUUCUUGUAUAAUGGAGGUAUCAGAGGAGCCUCCAACAUUUCCAGGAGGAAAAAUGCUUACGUCAAAUGUACGAACUCAAGUACAACUCUUGGCUUGGUUGUUCGCUUGGAGAACCUGAGGGUGAAUCUCAAAUACAGGGUACUUCAAGAUUAUCGUCUGCUCCUCUUUAACGGAGAUGGGGAUAUCCGAAUCAGAGAAGUCAUCGUCCUCGUGCAGCUCACUCAGCUCACCGGGCCAGACGGCGAUAUUCGACAGCGUUUGGACAGACUCAAAAUAUGGAAGCUAGGUCACGUGACAGUUCGUCUAAGAGGGUUAGGCAACUUGACCUCUGCUUUGUCCAUGUUGUUGACUCAUCAGAUCAACGAAGAUCCUAAAGCAGUCAUCCCGGUGGCUGAGGCCCAAGUGACACACGUCAUCCGGCAGCAGCUCAACAACGUCACCAUCCCCAUCUUCUCGCUCAUCUAACAAGCAUCCAUUUUGCAACAAACACCACCACUCAUUCAUUUUCAUUCGUGUGCCUUUUGCAAUCAUUUUUCACUGGUAGGGUCAUGAGCACAACUUAAUGGCCAUGUUUAACCCUUUCAUUACUGACCCGGCCCAAUCGGCCUUAAAAAUUAUAUAUUGGCAAGCCAUUUCUGGUUGAAAUGAGGGAUAUAUGAUGUAAAACAAGUUAUCACGUAUCCAGAAAAAGAAAUCAGUACGCUAAUAUAGAAUUUGCAUGACCGAUUGCGCCGGGUCAGUUGUGAAAGGGUUAAAAGAAACAUUUUGGAAUAAUGCCAAAAAAGUUCAAGUAUUGGUACUUUUCAAUUUGCUUUGGCAUUGUGCUAAAAUGUAUCUUCAACGAAUAGCCAUGAAAUGUAUUCAUUGUAUUUAUAUAAUCAUGAAUGGAUUUUUUUUUCAGUAUAUGGAAUGUUUCAUGUUUAAGUCCUACUUAUCUAAACAUCGUCUAUAUAUAUAUAUAUUUUUUAUAAAUAAAUGAAUUAGCAAAAGUAAGUUUGCACCAAUAAACAAUUUUAAAAAGUGAAUAUUGAAUUCCAUUUCCAAUAGGAUC